GACCACCGUCGUCGUCGCCGUCGUCGCCGUCGUCGUCGUUAUUGUUGGCAUCGAGAGUUGGCGCGACACGAAGGGACGUCUGGCUAUCAACAGCGCGCGUACGAAGGUAGCAGCAAACAUUCUGAAAGCAUCGAAGUUUGACGGAGCCUCGGCGGGCUCGGCGGAGGACACAAGACGACGAAGACGUAGCAGUCCUCUGGACCAUUUUGCACGUGGAGCUGCGCUGGCAGGCGUGGGCACCAGCGCGGCAGCUAAGAUGGGCAACAAUGCCGCGACCGCUAACAAGAAGGUCGACGCCGCCGAGAGCGUCAAGGAGUUUCUCGACAAGGCAAAGAAAGAAUUCGAGGACAAAUGGAAGAAAAAUCCGACCAACACCGCCGGACUGGACGACUUCGAGCGCAUCAAGACUCUGGGCACCGGCUCGUUCGGUCGCGUGAUGAUCGUUCAGCACAAACCCACCAAGGAGUAUUACGCGAUGAAGAUUCUCGAUAAGCAGAAGGUCGUUAAGCUGAAACAGGUGGAACAUACGCUCAACGAGAAGAGGAUAUUACAGGCUAUCAGUUUCCCGUUCCUCGUAUCGUUGCGUUUUCACUUCAAGGACAACUCUUAUCUGUACAUGGUACUUGAAUACGUACCCGGCGGCGAGAUGUUCAGCCAUUUGCGCAAGGUCGGUCGCUUCUCAGAGCCUCACUCGCGCUUUUACGCGGCACAGAUCGUUCUCGCUUUCGAAUAUCUACAUUAUCUCGAUCUGAUCUACCGGGACCUGAAGCCGGAGAACCUACUGAUCGAUUCGCAGGGUUAUCUCAAGGUCACCGACUUCGGCUUCGCCAAAAGAGUGCAAGGUCGGACGUGGACCCUGUGCGGUACGCCGGAAUAUCUGGCGCCCGAGAUCAUUCUGAGCAAGGGUUACAACAAGGCGGUGGACUGGUGGGCUCUUGGCGUGCUGGUCUACGAGAUGGCCGCGGGAUAUCCGCCGUUCUUCGCCGACCAGCCGAUCCAGAUCUAUGAGAAAAUCGUGAGCGGCAAGCCGCGCUUUCCAUCGCACUUCGGCUCCGACUUGAAGGAUUUGCUGCGCAAUCUGCUGCAAGUCGAUCUCACCAAAAGGUACGGGAAUCUCAAGGCGGGCGUGAACGACAUUAAGGGCCACAAGUGGUUCGCCAGCACCGACUGGAUAGCCGUCUUCCAGAAGCGAAUAGAGGCGCCCUUCAUACCGCGUUGCAAGGGACCAGGCGACACCAGCAAUUUCGACGAUUACGAAGAGGAGACUCUGAGGAUCUCGUUGACGGAGAAGUGCGCCAAGGAGUUCGCCGAGUUUUGAACGCGACACCGGCUCGGCAAGUUGCUCGCAUCAGGAGGUGGACACGCAUGUCGUGUACACGUUGUCAUGAUUGCUCCUCGGGCCGACGUGACACGGCGUUCCCUCGUCACCGGCGUUGUUAACGUCGUCGUCACGUUGAUGGUUCAUUCGGAAAAGAAAGAAUGAGAGAGAGAAAGAGAGAGAGAGAGAGAGAGAGAGAGAGAGAGAGAGAG